AAAAACAUAAUUUAAUAAUAAAUGGAAGAAAAGCAGAAACCCCUAUUAACGAAAGUAGAACAUAAGAAUGACAGAAUUUGUCGCUCUUGCUUUUCCUACAUCAUCCAAAAGGGUUGCAAGAGCGACAACUUAUCUGAUUCUUCUAUUGAAUAUUGUAAUAUCCAAGAAUGAUCGAGUAACAUUGGCUUAUAGGCAAAGCUUCUCCUAAUGAAUCUAGUCCCUCUCACGCAUCCUCAAAUAGUACACAUACCUUAGAUAAAUAUUUGGAACCAGCAGACCUUUUACAAUCAUCUAAUUCCAACCAAAGGUCAUCUGAGAAGGAGACAGAAAAACCAUGGCCUAAUUCAGAUAUCAGUAAUGGUUCAAAAAGUAUUUCAGAUGAUCCAGAAACUAAUCAAGAAGCUGAAAACGAAAAAGAAGCUGAGAACGAAAAAGAAGCUGAGAACGAAAACAGACACAAGCUUCCUAGCGAGGUCGACAAAUUUAAACAAUGUGAGGAGAAACUGAAAAAGUUGAAUGCUGAGUACAAAUUUCUAAGUGAAAAGUAUAACGAAAAGACAUAAGCCCCGGAAAAAUAAUGGAGACUACAAGGAAAGAAUUAGAAGAAUUUCAAACUGAAAUAAAUGAUGUAUUCACACAGAUCUAUUUGGAGAAAGUGAAUCUUGAGGAAUUGAACCUAGGCAGCCAUUUAAACGAAUAGUUUUAAGGUAUCAAUAAUGUUUUUAU